UGUUUUCAAUAAAAUACAAUACAAGAAAACUAGAGAUAAAGCCCAGUGUAUUUAAGGCAAAAUAGCAAGUUAGAACCAUGGCGACCACGCUCGAAGACAAGUCAAUCUGGGAGGACGGUGAGGAGGCGCUCAGCGAGGAGGUGCUGCGGAUGCCCACCGACGAGAUCGUCUCGCGCACCCGGCUGCUCGACAACGAGAUCAAGAUCAUGAAGAGUGAGGUGAUGCGCAUCUCCCACGAGCUGCAGGCCCAGAACGAGAAAAUCAAGGAAAACACCGAGAAAAUCAAAGUAAACAAAACCUUACCGUACCUGGUGUCAAACGUCAUAGAACUGCUGGAUGUAGACCCUCAGGAGGAAGAGGAAGAUGGCGCCGUGGUGGACCUGGACUCGCAGCGGAAGGGCAAGUGCGCAGUCAUCAAAACCUCCACACGACAGACCUACUUUUUGCCCGUCAUUGGGCUGGUUGAUGCAGAGAAGCUAAAGCCUGGAGACUUAGUUGGUGUGAACAAGGACUCAUACCUGAUCCUGGAGACUCUACCGGCGGAGUACGACGCCAGGGUGAAGGCUAUGGAGGUGGAUGAGAGGCCCACGGAACAGUAUUCUGAUAUUGGAGGGCUGGACAAACAAAUUCAGGAGCUCAUAGAAGCAGUAGUCCUACCAAUGACUCACAAGGAGAAGUUUGUGAACCUCGGCAUCCACCCACCCAAGGGGGUGCUUCUGUACGGGCCCCCCGGUACGGGCAAGACACUGCUGGCCCGAGCCUGCGCCGCUCAGACCAAGUCCACUUUCCUGAAGCUUGCUGGGCCUCAGCUGGUGCAGAUGUUUAUUGGUGACGGUGCCAAGCUGGUCCGAGACGCGUUUGCCCUGGCCAAGGAGAAGGCUCCGGCCAUCAUCUUCAUUGAUGAGCUGGACGCCAUCGGCACCAAGCGGUUCGACUCGGAGAAGGCCGGAGACAGGGAGGUGCAGAGGACCAUGUUGGAGCUGCUCAACCAGCUUGAUGGGUUCAGCUCUACUGCUGAUAUUAAGGUGAUAGCGGCGACGAACCGCGUGGACAUCCUGGACCCGGCGCUGCUGCGCUCCGGCCGGCUCGACCGCAAGAUCGAGUUCCCGCACCCCAACGAGGAGGCGCGCGCGCGCAUCAUGCAGAUACACUCGCGCAAAAUGAACGUCAGCCCCGACGUAAACUUCGAAGAACUAUCCCGUUCGACAGACGACUUCAACGGCGCGCAGUGCAAGGCGGUGUGCGUGGAGGCGGGCAUGAUCGCGCUGCGCCGCUCCGCCACCGCCGUCACGCACGAGGACUUCAUGGACGCCAUCUUGGAGGUGCAGGCCAAGAAGAAGGCCAACCUCUCGUAUUAUGCUUAGGUUUUGCGCGGCAUUUUUGUAUAUUAACACUAUUAAACGUUUAUUUUAGGUUUUUUAA